CAGGGAGGCGGUUAACGUCCAGGAGGAUCCGCAGCCGGGGGAUUAGGAGGGGCUGCUCUCCUGGCUGGCUGCAGGCUGCCUCCGCUCCCCGUCCCCACUCCUGCCACGGGACUGCUCCUCUUCUGGGGCAGGGGUGCCAGGGCCCGGCGGGUGAGCGGAGCCGAGGCUGGCAGUGCUCUCCGCUCUCCUUGGCAUCACUUUGCCGUGGCCGAGCUGUUCUAACAAGUGGCUGGAGCUGCACUUCAGAGCCUGCCGGGGCUCGGUUCAGCGCGGCGCCCCUGCCCGGGGGCUCCGGUCGCUCGCGCCGGGCUGCACGGGGAAAUAGCAGUGACAUGUCUUGAAUGAUUAAGUAUUCCCUGGAUUGUAUUAGCACAUGCUGCCUACCCGCUGCCGUGUCUGCCGGGUCUUAGCAGCGUUCAGCGGAGGCAGAGGCAGGGUUAUUUGACAGCUGUAUUUGUGCUGAUAAGCGAAGGCACAAGGAGACGAUCGACUAGCGAGACAAGCGGGAAGCAGCGGCUGGGAGCUCCGGAGAAGGGCUGCGCUUGCCUGGGCGGGUGAGGUGUCCUGCCCCAGAGGAGCUCCCCCGUGCCCGUCCCCGGCUCUGGCCGGGUCCCCGCGCCGGGGGCUAGCUCGCUGGCUGGGCACGGUGGGCGCGCCGGCCGCUCUGGGCAGAUGCCGAUUGAGAUCGUGUGUAAAAUUAAAUUUGCCGAGGAGGAUGAGAAGCAGAAGGAGGAAGAGGAAGGGGACAAGGAGAGUCUGAUCGAGGAGCCCGGCCGCCCGCGCGCCCACGACCUGGCCACCUUCGCUGGCAGCAGCACCCUGCACGGCCUCGGCCACAUCUGCGGGUCGGGGCGCCUGGGCGUCCGGCAGACCCUGUGGGCGUUCGCCUUCCUGCUCUCGCUGGCCUUCUUCCUGUCGCAGUCGGCCCGCUCGGCGCUGCUCUACCUGGAGCGCCCGCACCUCACGGCGCUGGACGAGGAGGCCGCCCGCGAGAUGCUCUUCCCGGCCGUCACCAUCUGCAACAUCAACCGCUUCCGCCACUCCGCGCUCUCCGACGCCGACAUCUUCCACCUGGCCAACAUGACUGGGCUGCCCCCCAAGGACCGCGAGGGGCACCGGGCGGCCGACCUGCUCUACCCCGACCCAGACAUGGCCGACAUCCUCAACCGCACCGGCCACCAGCUCGACGACAUGCUCCAGAGCUGCAACUUCAGCGGCGAGAAGUGCUCCUCCCGGAACUUCACCGUGGUCUACACCCGCUACGGGAAGUGCUACACGUUCAACGCCGACCGGAGGCGCCCGCGCGUCACCCGCCAGGGCGGGAUGGGCAACGGGCUGGAGCUGAUGCUGGACGUCCAGCAGGAGGAAUAUCUGCCCAUCUGGAGAGAGACCAACGAGACGUCGUUCGAGGCCGGGAUCCGGGUGCAGAUCCACAGCCAGGACGAGCCGCCCUACAUCCACCAGCUGGGCUUCGGGGUCUCCCCCGGCUUCCAGACCUUCGUGUCCUGCCAGGAGCAGAGGCUCACCUACCUGCCCCAGCCCUGGGGGAACUGCCGGGCCAGCCUGCCCGGGGAGCAGAUCCUGCCGGGCUACGAGGGGUACAGCAUCGCCGCCUGCCGCCUGCAGUGCGAGAAGGAGGCCGUGGUGAGCAGCUGCCAGUGCCGCAUGGUGCACAUGCCAGGGAACGAGUCCAUCUGCUCGCCCAACGUCUACAUCGAAUGCGCCGACCGGACGCUCGACGCGGCGGUGGAGGACUCCCAGGAGCGCUGCAGCUGCCCCACACCCUGCAACCUGACGCGCUACAGCAAGGAGAUCUCCAUGGUGCGCAUCCCCAGCAAGGGCUCGGCCCGCUACCUCGCCCGCAAGUACCACCGCAACGAGACCUACAUCCGAGAGAACUUCCUGGUGCUGGACAUUUUCUUCGAGGCGCUGAACUACGAGGCCAUCGAGCAGAAGAAGGCCUACGAGCUGGCGGGGCUGCUGGGGGACAUCGGGGGGCAGAUGGGGCUGUUCAUUGGCGCCAGUGUCCUGACCAUCCUGGAGAUCCUGGACUACGUCUAUGAGGUGAUCCGGGACAAGGCGAGCCGGGCUCUGGGCCGUGCCAAGCCGCCCCUGAGGAAGCCGUCGGGCAGCAUCGCCACGCUGGGGCUGGAGGAGCUCAAGGAUCAGAGCCCCUGCGGGACGCUGGGCCGACACGCUGAGGGCGCCUACAGCACCAGCAUCCUGCCCAACCACCGCCACCGCUACGGCCACCAGGGCGUCUUCGAGGACUUCGCCUGCUAGGCCGGGCUCUGCACCGCGGGCCCCACGCGCUGCAGGGAGAGCACGGGGGGCACCAGGCCCCUCCCCUCCCCAGCCGCCCCCUCAGCCCGUCAGCCACGCCCGGCCCCAGGACCGGCCCAGCCCGGCAGCCCCACGCCCAGCACGAAGCACACGGCGCAGAGCCGAGCCGCAGCCUGGACAGACGCGGCACCGGCCGGAGAACAGCCCGGGGACUGGGGGGCAGGGACCCUGUGUGAAUGCUGCAUUCGGCUGUGGAGGCGAACCCCCCCCAGUGUGGGUGAACCCCCCCCCCCCCAACCACA